AUGAAGUUAACAUCGUGGCUAAAGAUGUGGCCAUUGAUUCUUGCAGCGUGCAGCAGCAUCCCAUGGGUGGCUGGGCAAUUUCCACCUACACCGGAAGGCGUGAAAGUGCUGGAUUCCAAGUUUCACCAUGGCGUCAAGGUCUCGUACAAAGAGCCUGGGCUGUGUGAGACGACUCCAGGCGUCCGCUCAUAUGCAGGCUAUGUUCAUCUUCCUGUUGACGCAUUGAACGAGACGCACGAGCACAACGGAUAUCCCAUCAACACGUUCUACUGGUUCUUCGAGUCUCGCAAAGAUCCUCACAAUGCUCCCCUUGUGAUUUGGCUGAAUGGCGGACCUGGUGGCUCUUCUUUGUUGGGAGCACUGUCGGAGAACGGUCCAUGCUUCGUCAGCAAUGAUUCGAAAACAACCUAUCUGAACCCCUGGUCGUGGAACAACGAGGCCAAUUUGCUAUUCAUCGAUCAGCCAAAUCAAGUGGGAUAUUCUUAUGAUGUCUUAACCAACGUGACAGUGAACCUUGCACCACACGACGAGCUAGACAACCCUAUUCAGCCAGCAGACUUCUCAGACGGCGUACCUGAGCAGAACAGCACGUUCCUGGUCGGUACCAUGAGCUCACAGAACAAUGCUACUACAGCAAACAGCACUCAGCACGCCGCUGCAGCGCUAUGGCACUUUGCCCAGACAUUCUUCGAAGAGUUCCCAAAGUACAAGCCACAUGACGAACGUAUUAGCCUCUUUACUGAGUCUUAUGGCGGACACUACGGUCCUGGAUUCUUCGACUACUUCCUCCGUCAGAACAAAAAGAUUGCCGAUGGCACGAUUGCAGAGAUAGGAGCUCAUUAUCUACACCUGAGUACGCUUGGCAUCAUCAACGGCUGCAUCGAUGCUCCUGACAUGAUCGAGUCCGAGAUUGAGUUUGCAUACAACAACACUUACGGCGUCCAGGCUAUCAACAAGACUCUGUACGAGGCGAGCAUGAAAGAGUUCAACAGACCUUUCGGAGUGAGGCAAGCGAUUGAUGAGUGUCGUCAAGCGGAGAAGGCCACCGACCCACAUGACCAUGGCGACGUAGCUUUGACGAACACAAUAUGCUCCGGAGCAGCAGAAGCGGCUACGAAUGUCAGCGAUAAUGUCUUCGUGCACGAAGGUCGUGCAGCUCGAUUCGACGUCACUCAUGAGCUCCAGGACCCUUUCCCAAGUCCUUACAUGUUCGGCUGGCUCAACCAGCAUGAAGUUCAGAAGGCUUUUGGAGUGCCAGUCAACCAUUCCUGGUACUCGCCAGCGGUUGCACAGGCAUUCGAUAACACUGGCGAUCUCGUCAAAGGAGGGCAGUUGGAGCAGCUCGCAUACAUCCUUGACCACGGCGUCAACGUAGCGCUCUUCCACGGCGACAGAGACUUUGCUUGCAACUGGAUAGGCGGCGAGCGCUAUUCGCAGAAUAUCCCGUGGCCUCAUCAGAAGCACUUCCAGGAGGCUGGCUACACCCCAUUGGUGCUCUCAGCUCCAUACACACAGUCUGGAGGACUGGUCAGGCAGUACGGAAACUUGUCCUUCACGCGCGUGUACCAAGCCGGACAUAUGGUCCCAAGCUAUCAGCCAGAAGCGGCAUACCGCAUCUUCAUGAGAGCAUUGACGCAGCGAGACAUCGCGACCGGUGAGGUUGACCUCCAGGAAUAUGCCAAAGAACACAAGGGCCAGUACUCCACUUCUGGCCCGAGCGAUACCUGGUGGAUGAAGAACGAUGUGUUGCCGCAGCCUCCACAUGAGUGCUAUGUCCUUGACAUGUCGGGCCGUUGCACGAAAGAAGAGGCAGGCUGGAUUCAGGAUGGCUCUGCUAUCAUCAAGGACUACAUCUUGAUCGGUCGCUCGAACCACACCAACAGCGAUCUCGUCAACGAUGCAUCAGACAAUAGACUCCCGGACGCCCAAACACCAUUCCGCCAAGACCUGUAA